AUGAACAUACUUCACGACCUUGACAAGAAAGGACAUCGUCUUACUGAAACAUCCUUUUGGGUCCGUGAUGGUGCAGGGACGUUGGUUAGGAACUUCACUGGCGUUGAGGUAGUCCACGCUACACCUUACAAAUACCUUUUCAAUACCGACCAGGGUAUAACAGAAGCUAUCUUUGAAAAACAUCUGAUAUCCAAGGGGCAGAAGGUGCAGCGUUUCAUGGAAUUGCUUCAUUAUGAAUACAAUCCAGACGAGCCUGAAUGGCCGCUUACGGCAUACAUUAAAAAUAAUGCCAGCGGGGCCAUCGAAGCUUGGCAGACGAAGUAUAUCUUGGGUUCUGAUGGGGCACGAAGUGCCACACGCCGAGCAUCGGGUAUACAAUCAUCCUCGCAGGGUGGUGAAGACGUUUGGGCUGUGGCAGACGUUUAUGUUGACACGAACUUCCCCGACUACAGGCGACGUUGCGCCAUUCGAACCCCAGACGGCGGCUGUAUGCUGAUUCCUCGCAAGGAUGAGGGGCUCCGAAUUUUCCUUCAAGUGGAUGAAAAGAAUCAGGAGAGCCUCGACGCAAGCAAAUCUCAUGUACAAGAUCUUCUCUCUGACAACAGCGCUUUCAAACUCACCAAGACGGUCCAAUCGCACAUCAGCAAAGUAAUUCAUCCUUACCAAAUGAAUAUCACAGAUAUUGUCUGGAUUAGCCAAUAUCGAGUUGCGCAACGUCUCGUUCAUAGUUUUUGUGACCCGACAACCCAACGGGUUUUCCUUCUUGGAGACGCAUGUCAUACACAUAGCCCCAAGGCAGGACAGGGAAUGAACGUCAGCAUUUCUGACUCAUAUAACCUCACGUGGAAACUUGCACUUGUUUUGAAAGGUUUCGCGAAUGCAUCCUUGCUCGACACAUACGAACAAGAGAGACUUUGGGUUGCGCAACAGCUUAUCGAGUUCGAUGCCCUGUUUGCCCGUCAAUUCGGACAGAAAGAUAAGCUUGAAAGCCAAAAUCUCCGUGAAACAUGGGAAAUGGGACAUGGUUUCACCAGUGGUUGUGGCUAUAAAUACCCUCCAAACUCGCUGGUUAAUCCGGUCGUCCGAACGCCAAUCAGCAAUAAGGCAAUAGAACCUCUCGUGCCGGGCAAGCGUCUUCUACCCAUUGAUCUUAUUCGACACAUCGACGGCAAUCAUGUUCACCUGCUUGACAUUAUGCCGUCCAAUGGCAGAUUUCAUCUCUUCAUUUUUGCAGGUAACCUUCUUCUUUCGCCGACUGUUCAGAAGCUCGGAGAGUCAUUGGAUUCUCCUCAGUCUCCAAUGAGUCUCUUCAACCUCCUACCAUUGGAACUUAUGCAGCGUUUCCACCAUGAAGACAUUACCACGGACCCAGUUUCUUCCACCAACAGGUCCUAUGUUCUUGACCUUUUCCUAGUUCAUUCACAUAAUCAUCUCGAUAUUCCAUUGGGAAAUCUUCCGCCUCCAUUUUCCACCAAAUGGCCGAUGCAGAUAUAUUCUGACAGUGUUGGUGCCGCCCAAAGUCAGCUGGGCGUUCCUGAAAAUUUGGGUGCCUUGGCUGUGGUGAGACCAGAUGGUUAUAUUGGUCUUGUCACUGGUUUGGACAACCUGGAAGACGUAACUUCUUACUUCGACGGUUUCAUGUCUAGGCGCAUUUAG